AAGGGACAAAGGGACAGGGAGGUUCGACCACCCAAAAACACCUCAAGGUCCUCGACGGCAUCCUGUGGCUGACUCUGGCCUGGGGCUUUUACCCUGGGGUAAAGAUGGUCAAAAAGGGACGUGCAGACGAGCCGUGAAGGCCUUUCUUUCGUCGCUGGUGACGCUGACUGUGUGUCUGGCCUUCAUUGGCAUACACGAGGCCAUGAUCACUUUGGAUCAUUUAGCCAAAUUCUCGUCGACUUACUGGAUGUGCGAGAAGUUCUUCGCCUUUGCCUUGACGAUUCCUGGGAUCUUUAACAUCGUAGCUUUCUGGCGUAGCAGCGGAGAGUUCGCCCUACUCCUCGAUGGAUUCCGCGGAAUUACUGUUCACCGGGACUUCACGAUGAAAACAGCCGUUUCAGAGCUUCUGCUCUUCGUCUGUUUGGGCGGCGUCCAGCUGUAUAGCAACGCAGUUUGGUACGUCUCUUACACUAGCCAAAUCCCUUUUCUCCUGAGAGUCCUCUUCUUCCUGUCAUUCAUAUGGCUGAUCUCGAGCGUGAUCCUGCCGCCCUUAUGUUACGCAGCUUUGGGGUCGGUCUUGGCCAACGCUUUCAGACAUACCAACGAACUGUUAGCCCAGGCGCUACGCAACAACGGCAACGACGAGUUGAGUAUCCGAGCCAUCAAUCAGCAGCUGUCCUCUUUACGAGAGCUACAAGGAAGGCUGGUCACAAUGUUGUCUCUCCCGCUACUCGGGUUUUGCAUCUUCAUGUUUUACAUGUUCGCAAACUACUUCUUCUACUCGGUGGUGUCUGGUUUGGUACAAGACCUGACUGUCAUCAUCCCUGGGAUUCUGGUGGCCGCCUUCCUCGGAUUCAUCUCGGUCACCGUCGUUGGAUACACGGCUGACGACAUCCAGGCAGAGGCGUCAGCACCAAUUAGAAUUCUUCUCCAAGAGGAGUUGAGAACUUCCCCAGAAGAUGCACCACACACUUGGAAUGAGGAUCCUUUGAAGAUUUUUACUGAUGAAGUAAGAUGA